UUUCAGGCCAAAGGAGCGGGCAUCGGUGAUGUGUAUCUCGCAUGUGAUGUUGCUUACCAUGAUAGAAGGAUACCUAUUCCUGUGUUUGAUCUAUAUGGAGUUGGUUUACGACAAGCCUGUGUAUCACCCAAUCUUCAAAAGGAACUUAACCUAAAGAUUGGUAAACUGUCUACCGGCAACUCUCUAGAUAUGUCCCCGCAGGAUGAAGCAUCGAUCGUUGCAAAUGAUGCUACAAUUAAAGACAUGGAGGGUGCUGCUGUUGCCUAUGUGGCAGAUCUGUUGAAAGUCCCAAUCAUAUUU